UGAAACUUCAAACGCUGUUUACACUACAUUGAGUAUGAUUUCACAAGUUGGUUUCAAAAUGGCAGCAAAUAGACGUGAACGAUAAAACAAGUGUAUGGAAGAAGUUUUGUUUUCUUUCCGGUUGGUUGAAGGUAAGGUAAACUCAACUUCAUGUUUAUGAAAGAUUUUCUUCUCGAUGAUACAGACGCACCAUCCGAUAUGUCUGUGGUAUGCGACUCCACACAUAAUAUCACUGGAGAUAAAUUAAACCACAAAGAGGCUAACAAUGACGAGAAUAAAAAGAAAGAAUUAACCAUAAAGCUUGAUAAAGACUUGCUGAAAUUUAAAGCCUUUUUCUUUCUGUUCUUUGCUGGAUUUGGAUCAACUUUUCCUUACUUAGGCGUUUAUUUUAAGCAGCUUGGCCUAAAUGCGUCCUUCGUUGGUAUAUUAGCAGGCGUAAGACCUCUCAUACAAUUUAUCAGUGGACCUUUUUGGGCGUUAUUGGCGGAUCGUUACAAAGCAAGAAAAGCGAUUCUUUUGUUUUCAAUUCUUGCAUGGUUAGUAAUGACGCUGUUGUUAGCAUUUCCCAGACCACACAAAGAGAUCUGCAAGUUAACCAACAUUACUCACCCAGGAAUAAACAUUAUCAGUGAAAAACCGGCGCAACGGAGUAUUGUUCCGGCAGUCGGGUUCCAAGGAAGAUUCGGGGAACUCGCUUACACCGAAAACUGUGUAAAUUGCCGUCCUCAACUUUUUACAAAUUUCGUCAAAAGAAACGCUAGAGAUGAUGGAAAUAGCUCAGAAAUUAUAUUAAAUAUAAAACUCGAGAAUCGAAAUAAUUCUGUGUUACCAUGGAAACGUAACCAAAAAAGUGAAGAAGAGAUUUCUGUACAAAAUGGUAUUCAUUAUCGAAUUAAAUACAUCAUCGAACGCGAUCAAAACGAGAUUCGAGAUAUAUUUUACGUUUUGUUAGUAUUAAUUGUUAUUGGAGAAUUUUUAGAAGCGCCAUCUUUUAUUAUGAUCGACACCGCCUUGUUAGAUCACCUUGGAGAUGAAAAAAAGCAUUAUGGGAAGACAAGGUUGUUUGGAAGUAUAGGAUAUGGUCUUGCAUCCUUUAGUGUAGGCGCAUUACUAGAUAAAUUUCAAUUUGAAUUCUGUGGUAAAGUAUUCACAAAUUAUUUAGUAAUUUUUUACAUCUUCUCAUGUUUUAUGGUCAUUGGUUUUAUAUUUGGUUUAUUUUUUGUUAAAUUCAAGUACAGCAACACAAAAGAAUCAUCAAAACCAAUAGAAUGCAUCAAAGUGUUUUUCUCCCUAAAAUAUGGUUCGUUUCUUGCUAUAUGUUGGUUUUGUGGGUUUUGCCAUGGUAGUAUCAUGAACUUCUUAAAUUGGUAUUUGGAGGAUUUAGGUGCAUCGAAGCUGAUGAUGGGCGUGGCAACCGCGUGUAGAUGCUCCGCAAUUAUUUUCGGCUUUUUCGUAUCUAGUUUCUUCAUUGACAGAGUUGGACAUAUCCAGCUUAUAUGUUGGGCAUUAGCAUCUUAUGUCGGAAGUUAUUUCGGUUAUUCCAUUUUACAUAAUCCUUGGUGGGCUAUCCCUGUAGAGGUUGUACAAGGGCUUAUUUAUGCAAUAUCGUGGUCAUCUUGUAUAACCUACCUCGGAGAAGCAGCCCCACCUAAUACGGCAGCAACAAUGCAAGGGAUUCUUCAAGGCGUUUACUGGGGAUUAGGGACUGGUUCUGGAGCAAUAGCUGGCGGUAUUCUAAUCAAUCAUAUUGGGGUGCGAUCUUCGUAUCACGUAGGAGGUAUUCUAAGUUCCAUCAUCUUUGUCUUGUUUUGUGGACUGCAACUUGUGAUAGCGAAAAGAGAGAAGAAGAUAGGUGGUACAUCGUAGUUCUAUACAUUCUGUAAAUAUUUAGAUGAAUAUAACCAAUUUUAUUACA